AACAAACCCAACGCGGACGCGGAAUUUACAGAAUCUCUGCACAGAAAUAGACGAUUACAGUCAAAAUGAAAGCUUCGGCAUUUAUCAAGAAGAAGAAUGGCGUAGAAACCACCAAAAUAUGCCGUUGGUGCUUGUCUACGUGCAACGCUUUGGAGCCCCUAGCGAACGACGAAUCCGGACAAUACAAGCUUCAGAAACUCCUCGAUUUUACCGGUUUACAGGCCAAUGCAUUACCUGGAGUUCAAUCGUUUCUGUGCACGAAGUGCGAAUCGCGUUUGGAUAAGAUGUAUACGUUUCGCUGGCGAUGCAACAAAAACAUUGCAUUGGCCAACAAGCUAAACACAUCGAAGAACGAGGCAGACAUUGGCAAAGACCAUCUUGGCCACUCUGCUGAGCAAACGGUUGGCACAGAAUUGUUAAUCGAAACUGAAGUCACCACACCGGAUUCAGCGAACGAUUUGCACUUGAGCUGUGCAGCUCAUCAAAUAAAAGUAUAA